CCGAGCUCUCCGCCGACAUGCCGGAACCCUCCGCCGCCUCCGACACCUCCUCCUCCCAAUGCACCCAAGCGGCCGUCAACUCCCUCUCCGCCGUCCUCGGCCCCCUCCCCGACCCCCACCUCCCGUUCUCCAACGACCCCGCCUCCGCCCUCCUCCGCGACCCCGUCGUAUCUGCAGCCGUCUCCCGCCGCCUCCGCCUCCCCUCGUCAGGCGCCGGUGACGACCACCUCUGCCGCUGGCUCUACGACACCUUCCACUCCGCCGUCCCGGCCCUCCGCCUCGCCGUCCUCAGCUUCCUCCCCACCCUCGCCGGCGCCUACCUCUCCCGCUCCUCCUCCUCCUCCUCCUCCUCCUCCUCCCACUCCCCCUCUGGACCUCGCCACCCCCUCGCAGGCUUCGAGGCCGUCCUCCUCGCCCUCUACGCCCACGAGACUGUCCGCCGCGGCGGCGAGCCCGAGACCGUGACCCUCCCCUCCCUCGCCGCCCCUAGCGUCUACCACGAGGUGAAGCCGCCGUCCAAGAAGGCUGCAGCUGAAGCCGGCGAGCUCAGUUCCUCCUCAUCCGCCACCUGCCCCGCUGUCGUCUCCCCUGCUCUGGAGCCCCACGGCACCGUCCGAUCCACGAGGCGAGCCCGCAUAGUCGGGGUCACGCUGGAGCUCUACUACAGCAACAUCUCCCAAAUGCCCAACUUCUCCAAGCUCGAAUUUUGCGAGUUUUGCAUUGCGUGGAGUGGCCAAGGUGCGAUUUUUAAGGCCCAGAAACAGGGGAGCUCCCCCUCUGCUUCUGCUUCUCAAAAAAGCGAUUUUGAAGGAGAGGUGGAGGGGAAGAGGAUUCCGUUGCCGUGGGAGCUGUUCCAGCCGAUGCUGAGGAUCGUGGGGCAUUGCCUUUUGGGCCCCGGAGAUUCGACGGAGCUGAGGACCGCGGCGUACAAGGCGGCGCAAUGCCUCCACGCGAGGGCGGCGCAGGAGAUUGACUCCCCGGCAGCGGUCUUGGCGAGUAGGAGCCUCAUCAGGUUGGGGAAGAUCGCGGCGGCGGAGACGGAGGCGGCUGCAGAGGAGGCCACGACAGAGGUGAAGACAGCCGCGCCGGAGGCGAAGGAGCCGGCAACGGAGGCCGCAACAGAGACGAAGACAGCCGCGCCGGAGGCGAAGGAGCCGGCAACGGAGGCCGCAACAGAGACGAAGACAGCCGCGCCGGAGGCGAAAGAACCGGCAACGGAGGCCGCAACAGAGGCGAAGACAGCCGCGCUGGAGGCGGAGGAGCCGGCAACAGAGGCGAAGUCAGCCGCGCCAGAGGCAAAGGAGCCGGCAAUGGAGGCCGCAACAGAGGCGAAGACAACCGUGCCGGAGGCGAAGGAUCCGGCAAUAGAGGCGAAGACAGCCGCACCGGAGGCGAAGGAGCCGGCAACAGAGGCCGCAACAGAGGCGAAGACAAUCGUGCCGGAGGCGAAGGAUCCGGCAAUAGAGGCGAAGACAGCCGCACCGGAGGCGAAGGAGGCGGCAACGGAGGAGGCAACGGAGGCGGCAACAGAGGUGAAGACAACGGCGCCGGAGGCGAAGGAUCCAGCAACAGAGGCAAAGACAGCCGUGCCGGAGGCGAAUGAGCUGGCAACGGAGGCAAAGGAGUCAGCCGUGGAGGCAAAGGAUUCUGCGGCGGCAGAGGCAAAGGGGUCUGAUGUGGCGGAGGCGAAGGAGUCUGAUGCGGCGGAGGCGAACCGCAGGGAAUGCUCUGAAUUGGAGAGUACGGAGGCAGAUACUCAAUCUCCUUAAUCUUUUUUUUUUCUUCUCUCUUGGUAAUUAUUAUAUUUAAGGAUCAGGAGUAAAUAAUGCAGAGUGAGUGAAAA